UCCUGCACAUCCUAGCGGUGGAGCUUGAUUCCGGCCUCGUUCUCGGCCUGACGCCACCUUCUAGCCGGUAGUGGCCUCCUGGGGGAGCUGUCUGAAAAGCGGCACGCGAGCUACCCUCUGAGGGCCAUGGGACUGCCCGAUGGGUCCGGUGAGUUGCAGGGCGCCGCCCAAAUUCCGCGUGUCCGCGAAGCACUAGUAGGUUCUGUGACUCCCGGCCGGGGUCAAUUCAGGAAGGAAACAGCCAAAUCCCCAUAGGUAUUUCCUGCCUGCGGAGCCUUAGUUUACCGCCUUGCCGAUUUUCCGCAGGAAGUUAUUCAUCAACAGCGAGGGAUGGGGGCGGGAUCCGGCGCGACCCCAGCUCUUGAGGGUUGUACUGAACGUCUCUGGAGUACUAAUAAGGGCGCUGCAGGGAAGUUGCUGCCUGCCAAGGAGCCCUGGCACGGGAGGUGUGCCAGCUGGGCGCGUUGGGACUGGGAGAGUAACCGCUGCAAGACAGACAGGCUCUAGCCAGGCGGUGGACCUGCCGCGGCCUGAGUCGGCGGGUACUGUGCACUCUUGUCGCUGCCGGCCCUUGAGUCCUUCCAAAGGGAGGUGCCAAGCAUCAAGGCUCCGCCCCCCAAGGCGCGUGCCGCCUGGUAAGGGGAGGGAGCCCUUUAAGAAGACUUGUGAGAUCUUGAAGGAGGGGAGAGGGGCCUCAGAUCUCCUGGAGCCGGCGGUGCAGAGAUUCUCUGAAGAUCUUCCUUGCGUCUGCACUGCUCCCUCCUCCAAUUGGACACCCAGGUUAGAGGGUCUUCCCAGGUGAGUUCCUACCCCUCUGGUGGAAUUCUCUCCCCUGGCUAUAGCCUCUCCUAGGUCAGAAUUCACAGAUGAAAUCUUUCCUAAAAGGCUAGUCCCUCCCUCCAACCCACUCCAAAUUUGCUCCCCCUGAAAUAUAUUCAUAGAGGAGAGCUGCAUUCCAUAUGGAGGCUACCCCCCCCCCCCCAUAUCAGAGUUUCUUCUGAGAGAACUCUCCAGAUCCUAUUCUCUGGUAAAGUCUUUCUCCCACUUCGGAGAGAAGUGCCUCCAGCCCUGGUGAUUGAGAGGAGAGAUUCCCCCCCCCACCCCAGGUCAGAACUUGCCUGGCUGGAGAAGGCUUUCAGGGCAGAGUUCCCUCCAGAUUGGAUUAGCUUCCAAAAACUCCAGUUUGCAGGUGAAGUCUCCCUCUGAGCCUGUCUCUGAAGGUGAGAGCUUCGACCCUGGAGUCUUUGCUGGGUCCUUUCCUGAAACUGGAGGGCAGUAUUGCUUACAGACCUCUCUGGUUUGCUAGGUCUUAUCUAUGAACUUGCUCUCAGCCAACAAGGUUGGGCUCCUGGUAGAAAAGCUGGAAAGGGGACUGGACAGGAAUUGACUCAGGGGAGGAAGCCAAGGGCCUGAGAGGUAGGGGCUAAGAAGCGCAGUCAGCUUGGACCUAGACCCAGACCUGAACUUGGACUUGAAGUGGUACUCUGGUACUCGGGGCUGGGCAGCCACACCUGAGCUGAAUGUGUGGGCCAUGCUCAUCCCUCUCUCCCUUCCGGAGAGACUUUGGCCCAGAAAGAGUCUUCCAGCAGCCAAAGUUCAGAUACUGCCUCUGUCUGGGUGUGAGCACGGGGCCCUCAGAGAGCAGCAGGGUUGGAUCUACCCUUGAUCUUUGAGCCCAGAAAACUCAGACCAAGGGACGCAGCAGACGCAGGCACUCCUGUCUGCAGCCCAAGAAAUGGAGCUGCAGAGGAGAGACUACCAUGUAGAAAGGCCAUUGCUGAACCAGGAGCAGCUAGAGGAUCUGGGGCACUGGGGCCCAGUGUCGAAGACCCACCCGUGGCGAACUUGGUUUCGAUGCUCCCGUGCUCGGGCCCAUUCUCUUCUGCUCCAGCAUAUCCCAGUCCUGGGCUGGUUACCCCGAUAUCCUGUGCGUGAAUGGCUCCUGGGUGAUCUGUUAUCUGGCCUGAGUGUGGCCAUCAUGCAGCUUCCUCAGGGCUUGGCCUAUGCCCUCCUGGCGGGAUUGCCUCCUAUGUUUGGCCUGUACAGUUCUUUCUACCCCGUCUUCAUCUACUUCCUGUUUGGUACCUCUAGACACAUCUCUGUGGGGACCUUUGCUGUAAUGUCUGUGAUGGUGGGCGGUGUGACAGAAUCUCUGACAGCAGAUGAGGCCUUCGUGCAAGGCUUGAAUGCCACAGUCGAUGAUGCCCGUGUGCAGAUAGCCUACACACUCAGCUUCCUGGUUGGCCUCUUCCAGGUGGGGCUGGGCCUGGUACACUUCGGUUUUGUGGUCACCUACCUGUCAGAGCCUCUGGUCCGCAGCUAUACCACCGCUGCAUCUGUGCAAGUCCUCGUCUCUCAACUCAAGUACGUGUUUGGCAUCAAACUCAAGAGUCACUCGGGGCCACUGUCCGUUAUCUAUACAGUGCUGGAGGUCUGUGCCCAGCUGCCUAAGACUGUGCCCGGCACCGUGGUCACAGCAAUCGUGGCGGGAGUGGUGUUGGUGCUGGUGAAGCUGCUGAAUGAGAAGCUGCAGCGCCGUCUGCCCCUGCCCAUCCCUGGGGAACUGCUCACGCUCAUUGGGGCCACUGGUAUAUCCUAUGGUGUGAAGCUGAAUGACAGAUUCAAGGUCGACGUGGUGGGCAACAUCACCACAGGGCUGAUACCUCCGGUGGCACCCAAGACAGAGCUGUUUGCAACGCUUGUGGGAAACGCCUUUGCCAUCGCUGUGGUGGGCUUCGCCAUUGCCAUCUCACUGGGGAAGAUCUUUGCCCUGAGGCAUGGCUACCGUGUGGACAGUAACCAGGAGCUGGUUGCCCUCGGCCUCAGUAACCUCAUCGGAGGCUUCUUCCAGUGCUUCCCCGUGAGCUGCUCCAUGUCGCGGAGCUUGGUACAGGAGAGCACAGGAGGCAACACGCAGGUUGCCGGAGCCGUGUCUUCCCUUUUCAUCCUUCUUAUUAUCCUCAAACUUGGGGAGCUCUUCCGAGACCUGCCCAAGGCCGUCCUGGCAGCUGUCAUUAUUGUGAACCUAAAGGGCAUGAUGAAGCAGUUCUCUGACAUCUGCUCUCUUUGGAAGGCAAAUCGAGUGGACCUGCUAAUCUGGCUGGUGACCUUUGUGGCCACGAUCCUGCUGAACCUGGACAUUGGCCUGGCAGUAUCCAUAGUAUUCUCCCUGCUGCUUGUGGUGGUCCGAAUGCAGCUGCCCCAUUACUCCGUCCUGGGGCAGGUGCCAGAUACGGAUAUUUAUAGAGACGUGGCAGAAUACUCAGGGGCCAAGGAGGUCCCUGGUGUGAAAGUCUUCCGAUCCUCAGCCACCAUGUACUUUGCCAAUGCUGAGCUCUACAGUGACUCACUGAAAGCGAAGUGCGGUGUAGAUGUUGACCGCCUCAUCACCCAGAAAAAGAAACGAAUCAAAAAGCAGGAGAUGAAGAUAAAGCGAAUGAAGAAAGCCGCCAAAAAGUCCCAGAAACAGGCUGCCUCUUCCAAGAUCUCCUCAGUUUCCGUCAACGUCAACACCAACUUUGACGACGUCAAAAGCAAUGACAUCGAGGGCUCUGAGGCCAAGGUGCACCAAGGGGAGGAGCUGGAGGAUGUAGUUGCCAGCAAUCAAGAAGACGCCAAGGCCCCAACCAUGACCUCACUGAAGUCCCUGGGCCUGCCUCAGCCAGGCUUCCAUAGCCUCAUCCUGGACUUGAGCACCCUCUCCUUCGUGGACACUGUGUGCAUUAAGAGCCUGAAGAAUAUUUUCCGCGACUUCCGGGAGAUUGAAGUGGAAGUGUACAUCGCAGCCUGUUACAGUCCUGUGGUCACCCAGCUUGAAGCUGGACACUUCUUUGAUGAAUCUAUCACUAAGCAGCACGUCUUUGCCUCUGUCCAUGACGCUGUGACCUUUGCCCUCAACCACCGGAAGUCUGUCCCUAGGAGCCCUGUUUUGGCCACCAAACUCUGAUUUUGCUGCAGGAGACUGCCUACCUCAGGAGGUUGUGACGGGUCACCCUCGUGAAACCCCCUGCCUCUGAGCCACCUCCAGGUGCCACCUGGGACUCCGUUCCAUGUACCUGUACAUACACUUCAUGGAUGGUUGCCCUGGGAGUCCAAGUUCAGUGCUACAGGCCUGGGGCAGGGUAUUGCAGUCAGGCUGGCCUUGGCUGGGUGCUGAAAAGGAGCUGAUGUGGGAAUAUAGCUUUGGGAAUAAAUGUGUCUGUCCAACUUUA